AUGAGGAGUUUGCAGGAAGAAUACAAAAGGAGCUCAGAGAUACAGAUAGUGAUGGCAAUGGAGGUCGAGAUCAUUUCUACAGAAGCUAUCAAACCAUCCUCUCCCACUCCCAAUCAUCUCAAAACCUUCAAAAUUUCCUUAUUAGAUCAGCUCGUUGCCCAUGUUUUUUCAAAACAAAUCUACUUCUACCUCCCCUCAUCUCCUGAAUGUGCAGAGAUCGAAUCAAAAUUGAAGCUCCUAAAGUCCUCUCUCUCUCAAAUCUUAUCUCUCUUCUACCCAUUUGCAGGAAGCAUCACAGCCAACUUCUCAGUCGAUUGCAACGACGAUAGAGCUAUUUUCGUCGAAGCUCGAGCUCGUUGCCAUUUAUCACAAAUUCUGAACCAACCUUCAGAGAUAUUUCUCAGGAAAUUCCUUCCUCUAAAUAAUAUCCAAUCAAAUGACGGAGAUUCGAGUAGUCCUCUGCUUCUCAUUCAAUCAACCUUCUUCGAAUGCGGCGGAGCAGCAAUCGGGCUCUUGUUUCAUCACAAAAUGACCGCCGCCGCCGCCAUGGCCACAUUCAUCACCGCCUGGGCCUCCGCUGCACGCGGCGAGUCGGUCAGUCCCCCGGAGCUACUGUCAGGGCCGACUCUCUUCCCCCCAAAAGAUUUCUUGGCCAACGCGAACUUACCCACCUCUUCGUCGGAGAAGACUUCCGUAAAGCGGUUCGUAUUUUCAUCUUCCAGCAUCGGAAAUCUCAAAUCUGAAGUCGCCGGAAAAACCAUCCACCAACACCAACCACCGCCGCAGCCGACCCAAGUCGAAGCGGUGUCGGCGUUGAUAUGGAAAUGCGCCACCAAGGCUUCUCGAUCCAAUUCCCAAACAAAGCCAACAGUCUUGCUCCAGAGCGUGAAUUUGAGGACGAGAUUCAACCCUCCGUUGCCGAAAAACUCGAUGGGAAACAUGGUCGGAUACUAUCCGGUGACAACAUCGGAUGACGAGAUCGAUACGGGUAAAGCGGACGAGGAGUGCCUCCGGUGCUGGUGGUGGCGGCCGAUCCGGCUGAUCAGGUGCUUGCACUUGUCCUUAAUCUCCGGCGACCUGAUCCGCAUCGACGAGGCUCGUACCAGCCAUGACCUCUCGUCCGGCGGAGGAGAGCCGUUGGCGCGGAAGCAGCAGGAGAGGCAUAGGGUUUGCCUGAGCUUGUUUUUCAAGGAAGGAGAGGUAAUCUGUUCGUCCUCCAUGUGA